UGACAGAAAAAAAAAGUCCAUCAAACAUUGAUAUUCUCAUCCUCCCUAUGCGACAAAAGAGGCAGAAUUGCCUAGCCUGAUGAGAUGAAGAAAUGAUGAUAUUUUAGUAAGCUACAUUGUGCUUUUAAACUAAAAGUAGCCUACACUCACAUGUAGAGACCCUGCUAACUUAACCUUACGAGUAAACCAGUCUGCCUUCGAUAACCGAGAAACCGGCUGUCGAAAUUUCAGAUGACACGCCCUCUGUCCUACUGCCUGCCGGGAAGAUGGCCGACACCGGGGGUUCUAAGUGAAGUGCGGUGAUCUGUCUUUCACAGGAAUCCGCUGAAGAUCGGAGGUUAUGAGGGCACAUGCAUUUCAUGUCAACUUUUUUUGUGGUGGAGGUCUUUCUGUAUCCAGCGCUGUUGAAUUGGUUUUCCUCAGACACAACGUCAGGAACGUGUGUCACUCAACCAUUACGCGUUACUCUUCGCUUGGCAUUUAGCAGUGGUUAACGCGAACUGUUAUUAGUCGCUAGCGAACGUUUACACUAAAUUAAAUGCCGUGACAUGAUGGGUUUAAACAUGUAACGUUGACUGGACUUUUUGCGUGCUCUUUGACAAGCACACUCUUAACAGUUGCAUACAGGUGUGCAUUAAUAUGUAUAUCGGUGGCUGAUAAAGUGAAGUAAUACCGUAAAUGUUCAUUUGUACUCUUUUGCAAGAUUUUCCUCUGGAUUGCAAUACACUUUACGCGGCUAACAUUAGCUGGCAAAACUGUUAAAGCAGUAAUCCAGUUAGCUAGCUACAUAGCAUAGCAUGCUAUUCAGAAAGCUGUAAAUUAACCCAGGCUAGCGAGCUUGCUAAGUCAGGUCAAUAUUUCUUAGCAUGCUAGCGUUGCUAGUUUGCAACCCUUUCUUGGCCUACUGUAUAAUAACGAGCUGUCUUUCACAAUGACAAAUGACAGGCCCAGUGGUGAUAUUCUAGUCGUAUGUGUAACAUAAACAUUGCAUGUUUGAUUUGUUUGGUCCUUGAGAAGUUGGACCUAAGUGGCCAAACGCCCUCUUCGUCAAUUUACCUUCAACGCUAGCCAGCUAGCUGGCUGUGAAAAUGCUGUAACUUCUGUUACAUUAGCUAGCUUGCUCAUCACAUUUGGGAGACAUUCAUCAUCCCUGAAGCCUGGACUUCCCCCCCCCCCCCCCCCCCUUAAAGUUCGGAUCAAAGAUGUGUGAUGUCUUGUGGCUCAGUUAUGGACCACACGAUGUACCAUGCCGUAUCUGCCCCAUCGACUAGGCUGCCUAACGCUUGGCAAAUUCCCCUUGCCCCACCAGGACCUUAGUCAGCCUACUGCUCUCUUGCACAGCAUGUACACUACACGCUUGUACAGUGGUAGUGGCGGCAAGCCGGGGCGACGGGUGGGCCUCGUUGGGGCAGGGCCGCCCAUGCUGGAGAACCAUCACCACCACCACCACCACCACCCACUUCCCCAUCACCCUCAGGUUCAAACCCCCCAGAGCUACCCCCCUGUCUACCAGGGCCGCCUGGAUGGGCACAGGCCCCACUACCAGACCCUCCACCAGCACUACCACUCUCACCCCCAGUCCCAACACCUGAGCUCACAGCACUACCAGCAAAACGCCCAUCUCCACCAUGCCAAAAAGAAGACCUGGAACUUCAUCCACGAGAAGAUGAGCUACGACACCUUCUUCACCAUGAAGCGGCUCAUCGACCGCUCGCGCGGCGUGGAUGAGGUGCUCCGCUGGGUCACCCAGAACCCUGGCAAAAUCUCGCACAACCAUUACCCCAUCGCUCUGCAGAAGAUAGGCCAGCUGCUGCUCCUGCAGCAGGCUGGGGUGGCAGGCUCUGGUCCUGUGGAGGGCACCCUGGUGACCUCUCCAGGGGGGUCCGGUGGAGAAAACCCCUGCCGGCAGAUUCUGGAUAACCCUGACUUCCAGACACUCUGCAAUGCUAUAGUGAACGACUGCUCCAAGUUUGACAACUUCAGCAUUGUUAACUGCCUUUAUGCUGUCGCUGCACUAGGACUUCCCAGCGACUCUCAGAUUGUUCAGGUCUUGGAGGGCGAGUCGCAGAGCCGCCUGUCCCAGUUCAACCAGAAGGACAUCUCCAUGGUGUUCAGCAGCAGCAUGAAGCUGCACCCCUCCAGCCAGCACCCGCUGAUCGAGGCCUGCUUGGCGGGUCUGGAGAAGAACGUGGAGCGCGAGCGCCACCCGCAGACGCUGUUCCUGCUGCUCUCCUACUACCGAACCAAGUGGCGCGCCCUGCAGGCGGGGGCGGCUGAGGCCGAGACGCCAUCGCCGGAGCAGCUGCUGCUCAACCGCAAGAUCCUGAGGCUGGUCAAGCACACGCUGGCCAGUGUGAGCAGCGUCCGCGACCACGAGAUGGCGCUGCUGGACGAGAUGUUGUCGGCGUGCGCGCGCGAAGCCAGCAACAAGAGCCUGGAGCUCAUCUUCAGCUCCCACCUCUUUUACCAAAACAGGCAGGAGAAGUUCAUCAUCAGCCUCUCUGAGGAACUUCCCAAAAAAGCAGACAGCAUAACCCCUUACACCAUGUCGCUCAUCUCCAAAUAUGUCGCCCGACACCGACUUCGAGAGACCCGCCUUCUUGACACAAUAGCCGACUUCCUUGUGAAGAAGGGCGAGUACCUGGACAGCAAGGUCAUCCAGAAACUAGUGUUCCCAUUUAGCCGCAUGAGCUACCGGCCUGCCAAUGAGGGUCAGUUCUUCUCCAAGCUGGAGGCUGUGUUGGAACUGAAGGCCCUGAGCUCUCCCCUGGCCACUGUCAACAUCCUCAUGUCGCUCUUCCAGCUGGGCCAUUUCCCAGGCCUGGUGCUGCACCGCGUCUUCUCCCCGUCCUUCAUCACCAACGUCACCAACAGCCCUUAUGCGCUCAUCGUGCGGCGUUACUUGUCGUUACUGGACGCUGCUGUCGAGCUGGAAUACAGGGAGUACAGCGGCCCACGCCUACAGGACACGCACAAAGUACUCAUGUUUGACCACGCUUUAACAGCAGAUGAAGUCAACCGCAAGUACAGCUACAAGGGUCUGGUGGCUGAGGCGCUGAGACAGCUGGUUGGAGAACAUGGCUACAAGCAGGAUGAGGUGUUGGCCCCUGGGUAUUACACAGAUUUUCUGUUAUUGAUAGAUGGCUCAGGCCGUGUUCUCCCAAUAAGGACGUCUGGAAACGUGUCUCUGGGCGUGGCCUCCAAAACCCCUGAGGGCUCCGGGCCGGUGUCCGCGCUGACCUCCGACUUUCAGAAGUUCUCGCCUUUCGCCACAGCGCUGGAGGACGGCAGCGACAAGCAGCCGCCGGGCGACGAUUCGGGCUACCUGCCCCCGCACAUGCGCGCGCCGCCUCAGCCCGUGGCCCAGCGGGCCGGCGCCAACGGAGGGGUCUCGCUCGACUACAGCACCUACUACGCCAGCACAGACUACUACUCCAGCCUGGCCAAGGAGCACUCGCUGGAGAGCCAGGACAGCUCCACGCUCAGCAGCCCCUCGGACUGCCUCGCCCAGGCCGGGCCGGCCAGCACCGGGGUAGCGGGCAGCGGGUCCAGUGCCGGCCCGGACUCCCUCUUCCAGUUCUCUAUCGGGAAGAUCCUGGACGACGAAACCGGCGUGCCCAUCCCUACAGGGGCUGCCUCGGGGCCCAACUGCGAGCUGCCGGCCUUCUACGAGGGCGUGGCAUACCCGGAGGGGGACGGAGGGGAGAUGGGGCCCACCUCUCCUCCCCAGCACCACCCUGCUGACCGCCCCGACGCACAGAGGACCUCCGCAGACCCGCAGGUCAAGAGGGUGAUAAUGUCGGUUAAUGACAAGUGGCAUUACUGUCACAACUCGGACGUGCUGGUGGGCUCGAGGGCCAUGAGAGACCGCCACCUGCAGCUCCUGGGCUACAUCAUUCUGCAGUUGCCGUAUCUGGAGCUGGAGAAGUUGAAUGGCAUUGAAGAGGUGAAGCAGUACCUUCACAAAAAGCUGCUGGAAGUCCCCUUAUGACAGUGGAAAUUCAGAUGCCUGUGUGUGUGUGUGUGUGUGUGUGUGUGUGUGUGUGUGUGUGUGUGUGCAUGCGUGCGUACUGUACGUGCGCGCAAUUGUGUGGAGUUGUGGUUUGGGAAGAGUUUCUCUUGGGUUAAAAUAACGUAAUAUUUGGGAUGAAAGUGGGAUUGCGUAUGUACAGGCUGUGUUUGAGAGUGGGAGGUACAGGCCUGAACAUGGCCAAUAAAGAACGUGGUGCCAGGACACUAACAGGCCGUUACAUUAGGUAGAGGGAGGGCCGGGGUCUCGGUGCAGAGUUGGGUGUGAAGCAAGCCUUGAAACGUUGUAUUUCUAUGUACUCCUAUUUUUACAGUUUGUCUAUCACAGUGCAGAGGUUAUGAUGCCAAGUUGGCAUAAGAGUAAACUAGAGACAACUUUCUAAGAAGUAAAGCAAUCGUUGACUCUUGACAUUUGUUUUAGAUUCAUGUCGGACAAGGUACUGUUAUAUCAUGCCUUUGCUAUGGGGAAGGAAUGGGAGUGGGCAUGGAAUUGUAGUCCUUUUUUCUUGUGGUGCAUUUUUUUUUUUUUUUAACUUUUCCUUCUGGACAGAAGAGAAAUGAGCAUAGACAAGAUGGGGUUUGCUGCUUUCUGUUUGGCUAAAGGGAUGUCUACUGUGCAACCCCAACAUGGUCUCAGUUGCAAUUCCUUAUAGGUAUCUGCCACCGAGACUGGCUUUAUAACCAAACAUUAUUUAGUGAGGGGGUCAAAUGGGAUCUUUCUACAAAGACAAAUGAUGAGACUUUUGAAACACUGUCUUACAGAUCUUAAAUAGGGAGUCUGGGGCAUUUUGGAGAGUUUGGGAAUGUGUUGUAAUGAUAUUAUUGCAAUGUGCCACUCGAGUGUUAAAAAUGGUUAAUAUUUAUAUUUUUUCCUCUAAAAUGCUUUAUGAACUCUGAUGUCCUUUAAAGCAAGACACAGCAAAACACUCAAUGGAUUGUGGGAGUGACCUGUCAUCCUGCCAUCUCUGUUUGCAGUAGUGGCUUCAUUUUUCAGGAUAUUCCUUUUUUUUAUGAAGGAUAUAGAUCUCCAUACCAUAGUCAGAAUCACUUAAAGUACAGCACAUACAUGGCACAUACAACUUAGAAAACCAACUGAGUAGCUUAUUGUUAAAUUAAAGUCCAGCCUAAGUUUUGUGUUAGCUUUCUGAAUAAUAGGAAAACAGUGGGUGUUACCUUGCACAGUGGAAUGCCUCGGACAGAACCUCAUACUUAGUGCAUAGUGCAUGAUUGUUUUAUCCUUGAGAAGGGUAUUACAGGUGUACAUGCAGUAUAUACACUUGCAUCUAUCCUUUCAGUGGCUGCCCAUCUGGACCUCAUGAUUUUAUCAUCAUUAAUCAUACAAUUAAGAGUUGAGCUUGCCUUUUUGUGUACUUUGAAGAUAAAUAUUAUCUUAUGUGAGUCGGUUUUAAGACUUUAGUAGAGAAGGAAACAUCUUCUUGCAAUUGCUGUUGUUUGCUUUGCUUUGUCAAGAGGACCAUUCUAUUCAGAUGUUCUCCGGGGGAAGAGAUUAUUUAUUGAGGAUGGUGUUCUUCUGAAUGUAUGGAGUUUGAGUGUAUGGAGUGGAUGUAUGCGUUGGAAUCAAGGGGGAAGGGUGGGAAAGUUCGUUUAUAUAUACAUAUAAAAUGCCUAUGUAAAAUACAUUAUUAAAUAAUGUUUUAAAAGUCA